AUGAGUCGCUUGAACUUGGAUACCACAGUCGGAGGAAAUCGCCAGAGAUAUUCAUUUAUGGAAACACCACUUGAGAUGCACCCAUCCUACAAACGGGAUAUAUCAUCCCCUCCCCCGGCGGACCCGAGUGCUCCCCCGCAGCAUCUUGCAAUGGAAGAAUCACCAAAGCAGCGACAGCGAGCAUGGUCAUACGCACCAAGUGAGAAAGAAGAGAAAUUUCAGAAUCAGGGAAUAAUCCCAGACUAUAACAACUGCCCACCCAUCGAACAGCACCCAGCCAAUUAUGCACCUUUGGUUCAAAACCACCACCACCACCACCACCACCAGCAGCAGCAGCAGCAGCAGCAGCAGCAGCAGCAGCAACAACAGCAACAGCAACAACAACAGCAACAGCAGCAACAGCAGCAACAGCAGCAACAGCAGCAACAGCAAGCCCAAGCCCAAUAUAACACUGCAAUGUCUCCUCAGACAUACGCAAUUGCGCCCGAGCAGCCGCAUGCUCAACUUUAUACCCAAUCCUAUACCCAGUCGUAUACAAACAUAGCCGACCAACAAAGUCGCACGAUGACCCCUCAAACGUACGCAACUCAGCCGCAUGCCAAUAUACCAGAGCAACAGCAGCAUCACUGGCACCAACAGAUUGGCAUGACCAUAUCUCCUCAGUAUGCGAAUGUACCUCAACAACAACAGCACAGCACCCCAAUGUCUCCUCGCCCAUAUACGGCUCAUCCAUAUGCAACACAACCAUACACCCACACCCAGGACCAGCAGCGCGACAUCGAAACAACCCAAUACGCCUCGUACCCUGAAACUCCCAGCUCACCACCCCCGGUCUCGCCAGGCCCACUACCCCAGAAAGUGAACCCCGAAGCCCCAGAGCGAAGCGAAACCAUAUCCAUUGUCCCAGACGAGAAUCCCCUCCAGUCACCCAAAUCCCCGUACUUCCCUCCACCCACCAGAGCGACAACAUCACACGCUCCCCAGCCAGACGAGCUGAGCACAUACCACCAGCCUGGCCAAUCCAUGCAUCCAAAUCAGGAGGAUGAGAAGGAGAUCCAGAAGCGUGAGGAGUACCGUUCUGGCGCGGCUAGGGAACGCGGUGCGACUCUGCUCUCGCCGUAUACUACCCCCGGGCCGAUGUCGUAUAGCCCGCCACCGAGACGAUGA